CAGGGGCUGAUGAGGGGUGUGUGACUUGGUCCUGAGGGCCAGAUAGAGAGGGCUGAAGGGCUGUGUUUGCUCACUGCAUUGGAGCCUGAGGUUCCACAUGCCUGGUGUAUGCAAAUCAGGGCCUCAGAACAUCCUCAAGCAGAGAAAGCAGGAAGGAACACACAGAGUAGAUCGCUCAAGCAAGGGAGCCAAGCCACAUCCUCCAUGAAUGACCAGUCCUGGUGAGGUGGAGCCCACAGUCAGGAGGGUGCAAGAUCCAGCAGGCGUGCUAGGUCAUAUUUUGGGUAUGAAGCAGCCCAGCAAGGUCCAGCAAUCAAGUAAACAAAGGUGGUCAAGGACAGAACUUUAAGGGACCCAGAGAAAGCCCUAGGAGCAAGCGACUUGCUCAAAGAUAGUCUCAACGGAGUCCUUUUUAUACUCCAUGAAUGCUUUUUGUGUGCAUUAUCUGCUUUGGCAAGCAGGGCUAGGGGGAGUGUGAGGCCUGGAGGUGAAGAGGUGGUGCUUCAAUGAAAUCUUGAAGGGGGCAGUAGUCUCUCGGGGAGGGAGUGGGGGAGUGGUCUCAGGUUGACUCAGUUGCUGCCACUGGAUCGCUGCUACAGCUACAAGUUGGGAUCAUAAUGACAAAGAGGAAUUGGGGUCCAGUCCAUCUAGCAUCCUAUUUCCAACUCAAGUCAGCCAGGUGCCCCUGGGAAGCCCCCAAAGCAGGGCACAAAGGCACCAGCUGUCACCUGCCAUCUGCCUGGUAUUCAGGGGUAUAAUGCAUCUGGACUUGGAGGUUUGAUUUCAGUCUUGGCAAUUGGCCAUGGAUUUCCAUGAAUUUGCUCAACCUUUUGGAUUUUUGAAAAAGCCAUGUGAACCAGUGGCCACCAACCAAGGUGGGGUGGGGUGAUUUCCCAAAACUAGCAAUGCCUUGUGUCAAAGAGUUUUCUUUUGUUCUGGAUUUACUAGCAAUUAGCUCAGUAGCAGAACUUCUGCUUUGCAUGCAGAAGGUCCAAUCCCUGACAUCUCUAGGUGGGGCCAGGGAAAUGUCCCACCUGAAACCCCAGAAAGCUAUUGCCAGUCACUGAAGACAAUGCUGAGCUUGUGGGACAAACUGCCUGACUCAGCAUAAGGCAACUUUCUCAGUUCCUAUUCAAACUGGCCGUUUCUUCAAAACCAUGAGGUUGUUGUUUUUAAAGGAAGGGCUGUAGCUCCGUGAUAGAACACCAGCUUUUCAUGCAGAAGGUUCCAUAUUCAAAUCCUUAGGGCUGCGCUCCUAAGUGAGAUUCAAGUACCAGUCCUGAACAUGAGUGGGAAACAAGCAUGCCAUCCUGUCCUUCGCUGCAGGGAGCAAAACUUCUAGACUUGGUCCAACUUGGCCUGGCUUUUUGAAAUGUUUACUAUUUAUUUAUUUAUUUUAAAAAAUUCUAUACCACUAUGCCAUUUAAAAAGAAACCAAAGUGGUUCACAGCAAUGAAACAUAAAACCAUAAAAUAAUUUUGUUUUUUGUUUUUUAAAAAAGAGAGUUAAAAAGAGGCAUCAAUUAACCAUUUUACAAUGGCAUAUUCUUAAUUUCCUGCAUAGGCCUGGCAGAAUAGAAAAGUUUUCAGCAGGUGUUUAAAAGUUGGCACAGAAGACACCCUGGUUUCUUCUUGUUGUCAAAUGAGCCUUGCCCACUUGGGGGACGACCAAGAACAUUCCUGCAGAUGAUCUUGGCGAUUGAGCUGGGAUAUAUAGGGGUUCAGGUGGUCCCUGAGGUUUCCUAGACCUGAAUUGUUCAGGCCUUUGCAAGUUAAAACAAGGACUUUGAACCUUCUGCAUGGGUGCAGAAAGCAUCAGUGAGCCCAGGAAGAAAAAACCGGCAGCAGCUGGGUCAAGUUUUGGUUCUCCUUUCUGGUGAUUACAGGAAGGGCAUCAGCUGAAUUUUGUUGAGUGCAGUGACUUGGGCCGCUUUCAACUCAAGAGUCAGGCCCCAGUGCAUACGUGUGGGCGAAAGAGGACCUUUCGGUGUGGCAAGUAUCAAAAACCACUUGUUCCCUCAGCCCAGCUGCUGCUUGUACAGCAAAGCCAAAUUCUUACAGUCUCUGGGUUCAACAUGAGCCAGCUCUCUCCAUGCCACACUAAAAUUAAACCAGUUUAUAUUUUCAUGGCCCACCCAAUUCCAGGGACUCCUUCCUGCUUCAGGUUUUUGAGAAGGGCUAGGGAUAUUUUACAGAGGCUUCUCCACAUUCCAGCAAAGCCAAAUGACUUCUUGCCUGACCUCCUGAUUGGUUUCUUUAGCUGUGAUCCCUGCACUGCAGGGGGUUGGAUUAGAUGACCAUUAGGGAUUCCUUCCGACUCUACCAUUCUGUGAUUAUUAGGCUUGGGAAGCCUGGCGGGAUCAGGCCAAAGUGGGUAUAUGUUACUCAGAAUCCUGCUUCUCACAGUGGCCGGUCAGAUGCCUCCAGAAAGCUUACCAGUGUGGCUGGAUGCCAACAACCUUCUCUCACUGUCUCUCCCCAGCAACUGGCAUUCAGUGGUAGGCUGCCUCUAGACCUGGAGGCUUCACAUAGCCAUCAUGACUCACAGCUUCUGAGAGACGUCUGCAUCCUAAAUUUGUGCCAUCUGUUUACAUCACCAAUAUCAAAUUGGAAGAAGGCCAAGGAAGAGUCAUGGCUCAGUGGAAGAGCGCAUGGUUUGCAAGCAAAGGUUUUGGGUUCAAUCCUUGAUGCCUCCAGAAAGGGCUGGGAAAACACCUCACCUGAAACCCUGGGGAGCUGCUGCCAGUCAGUGUUGACAGCACUGAGCUAGAUGUGCCAAGGGUCUUAUUCAGUAUAAGGCAGCUUCCUCUGCUCCUAACAGAUUGACUCAGGGAGGACAGAUCUGUUACUGGUUACUUGUACAGUACUAGUAACUUUACUUGUUUUACUUGGAUUAGGGAUGGGGGAAGAAUUUGAAUUGGGUCACAUUUUUCGGUGAGCUCCCCAGGUCACACUUCCCAAACUUAGUACACAAACUGAGAUGCACCUGUCUUUCAAAAUCUGCCCAUCUCCAAAUUUUGCAGCGCAGUUCUCCAAUCAAAACUGUGUGCAUUAGGGGAAAGUAUCUGCCUACAAAUUCAAAUAUUAGUGGGGAAUGACCAACAAUGCAUUGUAUUAUGGAAAAUUGUAUUUUAAAAAUGUAUGUAUUAAGAAAAAUGCUGACAGAUAUUAGUGAGGACUUAAAAAAAACACCAUUGCAAUUGAUGCACAAAUAAUUGUAAACUAAAUUCAGUACAGGAAAAAAGGAGAGACACUGAGAGGAACUGAAAUUGACAGAUUCAUCAAUUUCUAAUCUGGCUUGAUGCAGAUCAUAUAUCCUUCAAUGUGUUUCACAACUAGUUUAAAUCUUAAUAAUAUAGACACACAUCCAGCGAGGGAAAGAAGCCCAGUUACUGGUUGUGUGAGCACAACCUGUGUUGAGAGAUGCAGAUGCAGAAGAUAAAUGCAGGGCAUCCUGUGAAGUGGGGAACCAAGCUAAACUUUCCUUGUUUCAUAAUCUCCUACCGAGCCUGAAGAUGUAGCAAAUCAAUUCACAGUCAUCUUGCAUGCUCAGAUUGCUCACCAUUGUAAUGAAAGCAAGGCAUUUCCUUUAUUGGGGUGGGGAGGCCCAUGUGACAUUGAGCAUAAGAAAUCGAAAGUAGCCUUUUUAUCAACAGCAUGCGGGUGAAGCAGGAGCAGUGUUGUUGAAAGGUUCAGCCGGAGAAACAACAUAAGAAAGGGGCUCCUGGAACAGGAAGGUUUCUUACACCCUAAAGAAGAGGUCAAGAGAGAACACCCAGCCUCAGCCUGCUGAAAGACAUUCAGCAGGAUGGAACUGUGGGCCUGUGUUUUCCUGGCAUUUGCUGCUGCUGCUUCGCCUGCAUACUGGGAGAAGGACCCCACACUCAACAGGCACUGGGAGCUUUGGAAGAAAAAGUAUGGCAAAACAUACAAAAAUGAGAAAGAGGAAGGUGGUCGACGUAUGACUUGGGAGAAGAAUCUGCAGUUUAUCAUGUUGCAUAACCUCGAACAUUCACUGGGGUUACAUUCCUAUGAACUUGGCAUGAAUCAUCUGGGGGAUAUGACCAGUGAGGAGGUGACUGCUAUGUUGACUGGCUUGAAAGUUCCUGACUCACACAUGCACAAUUCAACAUAUUAUGUGCGAAGUCUGGGAGUCCUCCCCAACGCUGUAGACUGGAGGCAGAAAGGGUGUGUCACAGAUGUUAAGAACCAGGGUGCAUGUGGUGCAUGCUGGGCCUUUAGUGCUGUUGGGGCCCUGGAAGGCCAGCUAAAACUCAAGACAGGGAAACUGGUGUCUCUCAGUGCACAAAACCUUGUUGACUGCUCCAGUAAGUAUGGAAACCAUGGGUGCAAUGGAGGCUACAUGCGGGCUGCCUUCCAGUAUAUCAUAGACAACAAAGGCAUUGAUUCGGAAGCUUCCUACCCAUAUGAAGCCAAGAAUGGAACGUGUCACUAUGACCCCUCUGCACGAGCUGCUACCUGCUCUAAAUAUGUUACUCUCCCAUAUGGAGAUGAAGCUGCCCUGAUGGAUGCCGUAGCCAAUGUUGGCCCUGUAUCGGUUGGUAUAGAUGCAAGUCUAAUGUCAUUCUUCCUGUUUAAGCGAGGUGUAUAUGAUGAUCCAAAGUGUUCUCAGCAUAUAAAUCAUGGAGUCGUCGUAAUUGGAUAUGGAACAGAAGAAGGCAAAGAAUAUUGGCUUGUGAAGAAUAGCUGGGGUCUAAGUUUUGGCGAUGAAGGAUUCAUUAAAAUUGCAAGGAAUCAUGGGAAUCGCUGCGGCAUUGCCAGCCAGUGCUCCUAUCCACUAAUCUAGAGAGGAUUUCCAGCUCACAGUGGAUUGUUCGUCACUGAAAGAACAGCCCAUUAGGCAACUAAUCUUUAGAGUUUUUAAAAAAUCAAACUGCUCUGUUUUAAGAAGAGUGAUUGGUCUCCAAAGGCGAGGUCUUCCUGUCAGCUCCACCUGGUAGAUCUGAGACAAGCAGCCAAAAUGAUGAUUUAUCCUGGUUGAUCUUGGUAUUUGCUAAGCAUCCCUUGGGCGCUGUGGGGCUUAAUCAGUUAAUAAUGUAAUGUCUGUAGUCCUGCUCUGAACAGCCCAAGUUUUAUGUAAUUGCCGGAUAGUAUCGCUGUUACAACCUCAAGGUAUGUUGGAAUAAAAGCUGUGUCAGGUAAACACAGAAACAAACAAAAACCUUCUGUGGCUCCAGAAAUGGCAAGCAAGCCACUUUACAAUGAUGGAUGGGGAAUCCUUUUCUUAGCCCGAGGGUCACAUUUCCUUCUGCAUAACCACUAAAGGCCGUACUGUAUACCAGUAGUGAGCAUUGGCAAGAGACAAAAGUGGGCAGGGCAACACAUGUAUAUGUUACCUUUGCACAGUAGGCUACAGUUUCUACACUUACAUUUCUCCAUCCUCCAUCCAGAU